UGGUGGGAUGGUGGUUGUUGCACGACAAAACAGGGGGGAAGCGAAGAGAAGUUUUGAGAUGCGUGGAGGGAGAAACUGGGAGAAAGUCGUUGCAGUCUUGGGAGUUACAUAACAAGAUGAGCCUAAAAAUUUAUGAGCACAUUGCCACCGAAGGUGAGGAGCUCGGGGAAGCGUGUCGACCCAUUGCAUCUGCACGGCAACCUCCGGGGCCAAUCCAGUGGCCCACCAGGUCGUGA